GAACAGACGAAGGAGGAGGAAGAAAACGAUGCAGUUCAACCUAAAACUACUUUAUGCUGUAAUUAUAAACAUAUGACGAGUCAUUUUUAACGUUUUAUUUAUACAGAAGAAGGUUUAUUCUACCGCCACGCAGUUCCUCUACCUGGUUGCUAGGAGACGCAGUGCGGCGUGAGCUGGCGCAUUAAUAUGUAAAUUAGACAAAUGGUGAUGCGGCCACAGAUUCGAAAGUAUUUCAUUUGAACAAAAUACAAAUUUGUUCCCGUUUUUAUUCAAAUAUAGAAGACAUUACCUUCCUUUUACUAGAUAAACUUCCUCUUAAUUAUUGUGUUUCUAUAUUAAUGUAUAUAUUUUCUAAUACAUAAAAAGUAAAAACAGUUGUUAGCUUAAUUUUGAGCAGUUAGCUUAUUUCAUUUGAGACAAAAACCUUAAAUAUGGUUAAAAUAUUGUCAUUAUUUUUCGGUUAGGCUCAGAGGAAACUGUACAGGGUUUAAUAGAGGUAAUGUUUGACAGCACCCCCUCCCUUUUCUGCCUCUCCUCUCCCAGCAUCUCUGUUAUUCUUCGUAUUUUAUCUGAGUCACUGUGUCGUUCGAACCGAACCGGAACUGUUCAGCAAUUUUUCCAGGUUCUGUCUGGUUCCUGUGGUGAAAAUACACGAUGACCCAGGUGGUUCCGAGGCGUGUUGACAUGACAGCUUUGGUUCCUCCUCCUGCUACACUGACCAGCAGCAGACAUACUUCACCUGUUCAGUCACCGUCCAGUCCUACAGGCUCUCGGCUGAAUUUAUCUAAAGAAAGACAAGAGAGCAGACAGAGAACACAAGAGCGGUCGCUGCAGGAUAAGGAGCGGCGCGCGCAGCAGCAGCUGGAGCGCUGCGCCGAGGAGCGAGGCAGGAAGAUGGAGCAGCAGAGGAGGAAGGAGCAGCAGCGCCGGGCAGCGGCCCAGGAGAAGAGACGGCAGCAGCAGGAUGCAGAGAAGGAGAGGCUGGAGGCCCUGGUGCGCCGGCGAGCCGGGGGCGCCGAGCGGCGCGGCGGCGGUGGCUGCGGCGGCGUGGAGGCCCGGGAGCAGCUGGACAACAGGCCCAAACGCUGGACCUGGGGAGGGCCGCCUGACGGAGCCGAAGGUAACCCUCAGACCCCGCCCUGCCAUGCCAUUGGCUCCGCUCAGCCCAAUGAGCUUCCUGCCGCUUCCAGCGCCAGCCAAUCCCGUAACGGUACUGACCUCAUGACUGUGUGCCACGCCCAUCCCGCCUCCUCUGCAGCCGCCUGCAUGCAUGCGCCGCCUUUGUGUCGUCAACACUCAAAAAAAUGA